GGUCCAGCACCCAUUUUCUUCCCGGAACCUGAGCGGUCCUUCCCUUGGCCGGGGGAGGAGACCCAGCCCACUCCCCGGCGGUAGCUGGAAAGGCGAGAGAGCAAAGCCAGCAUCAAUAACGUGGUUGCCACACUGGGGAGACCAGUGGGUGGUCACUCCCAUCCUACCCCGUCCAUGGAAACCCGGAGGGAGAGUCCCGCUUGGAGAAGCCUGGAUCUUUGCUAGAAAGAGAGAGAUCCAGUUGUCAGCAGUAUCCAGGGAGCCCUCCUCUUCCUCCUCCUCCUGCCGCCUCUCUACCACUGCCGUCGCUGGUUGUUGCUAAGGUGGCCUCCAUGGUAACAUGCACAUCCUGUUUAUACCUCCAUCUGGGCAAGUUGGUCUAAGCUAGGAACCUACCUACCCUGGACAAGCACUUUCGUCACUCCCUGGGGACACCAAUCAUCGUGACACGUGGUCCGGCUUCCACUCGGUUCCCCCAUCCUCUUCCUCCUCUCGCUGCCAAGCUUCACACACAAAAAGGAUCUGGGCCAGAGGCUGCUCUAGUCCCAUCUAUUUCCUCACUGGGCUCCCCAAGAAGCAAGAAGUAAGAAGAAGUGAGGCAGAAAGGCAGAAGUUCCCGAGCAAUUGAAGGGAAACUCCUCGUUUUCUCUGGUCGAGGGGCUUGGUAACAGCAGGCAAAAUGACGAACCCAACAGAACAUGCCUUGCCGGCCAACUCGAUGGUUGAGAGCCACGAAGGGGACUUUGGCUGCACAGUAAUGGAACUGAGGAAGCUCAUGGAGCUGCGUUCCUCUGAUGGAAUCGACCAGAUCAACGUCCACUACGGAGGGGUGACGAAUCUGUGCAGUAGACUGAAAACCAACCCCGUGGAAGGUCUAUCUGGGAACCCUACGGACCUGGAGAAACGUAAGCAAGUAUUUGGACAGAAUUUCAUCCCCCCCAAAAAGCCCAAGACCUUCUUAGAACUGGUGUGGGAAGCCCUUCAAGAUGUCACACUCAUCAUCCUGGAGAUCGCAGCCAUCAUCUCCCUUGUCCUGUCCUUCUAUCGCCCCCCUGGGGAAGAAAAUGAACAGUGUGGUCUGCCUGUCAGUAGCCCAGAAGAUGAAGGAGAGGCAGAAGCUGGCUGGAUUGAGGGCGCAGCCAUCCUGUUCUCCGUGAUCAUCGUGGUGCUGGUGACUGCCUUCAAUGAUUGGAGCAAGGAGAAGCAAUUCCGGGGGCUGCAGAACCGCAUUGAAAAGGAGCAGAAGUUCUCUGUGAUCCGAAAUGGCCACAUCAUCCAGCUGCCUGUGGCCGAGAUUGUGGUGGGUGACAUCGCCCAAAUCAAAUACGGUGACCUGCUGCCUGCAGACGGGAUCCUGAUCCAGGGGAAUGAUCUCAAGAUUGACGAGAGCUCUCUGACUGGGGAAUCAGACCAUGUCAAGAAGUCCUUGGAAAGAGACCCAAUGCUGCUGUCAGGAACCCAUGUCAUGGAAGGUUCUGGCCGGAUGGUAGUAACUGCUGUGGGUAUCAACUCCCAGACUGGAAUCAUCUUUACCCUUUUGGGAGCCAGUGAGGGAGAAGAGGAGGAGAAGAAGAAAAAAGGUAAAAAACAAGGAGUCCCUGAAAAUCGCAACAAAGCAAAGACUCAGGACGGAGUGGCCCUCGAAAUCCAGCCACUCAACAGCCAGGAGGGGAUCGACAAUGAGGAAAAGGAGAAAAAGGUGACCAAGCUGCCCAAAAAGGAGAAGUCGGUGCUGCAGGGCAAGCUGACGCGCUUGGCUGUUCAGAUCGGGAAAGCCGGUCUCCUCAUGUCUGCCAUCACGGUUCUCAUCCUGAUCCUGUACUUUGUGAUCGAGAACUUCGUGAUACACCGCAGACCGUGGCUGGCGGAGUGCACGCCCAUCUACAUCCAGUACUUCGUCAAGUUCUUCAUCAUCGGCAUCACCGUCCUCGUGGUGGCCGUGCCGGAGGGGCUGCCCCUGGCUGUCACCAUUUCACUGGCCUACUCUGUGAAGAAAAUGAUGAAAGACAAUAACUUGGUGCGGCACCUGGAUGCUUGUGAGACAAUGGGCAAUGCCACAGCCAUCUGCUCUGAUAAGACCGGCACGUUGACCAUGAACCGCAUGACUGUGGUACAGGCUUACAUUGGAGACACUCAUUACCACCAGAUCCCAAGCCCUGAUGCCCUCGUGCCCAAGGUCCUGGACCUUAUUGUCAAUAGCAUUGCUAUCAACAGUGCCUAUACCUCCAAGAUUCUGCCUCCGGAGAAGGAGGGAGGUCUCCCGCGGCAGGUGGGCAACAAGACCGAGUGUGCCCUACUGGGCUUUGUCACCGACCUGAAGCAGGAUUACCACGCGGUGCGCAACGAGGUGCCUGAGGAGAAGCUCUACAAGGUGUACACCUUCAACUCUGUGCGCAAGUCCAUGAGCACGGUCAUUGAGAAGCCCAGCGGGGGCUACCGCAUGUACAGCAAGGGUGCCUCUGAGAUCAUCUUGCGCAAGUGUAACCGGAUCCUGGACAAGAAAGGGGAAGUGAUGCCAUUCAAGAAUAAGGACCGAGACGAGAUGGUCCGCACUGUCAUCGAGCCCAUGGCAUCGGAGGGCCUCCGAACCAUCUGCAUAGCUUACCGGGAUUUCAACGACGGAGAGCCCACGUGGGACAAUGAGAGUGAAAUCCUCACUGAACUCACGUGUAUCGCAGUGGUGGGCAUUGAGGACCCCGUGCGCCCAGAGGUACCCGAAGCUAUUGCCAAAUGUAAGCGAGCUGGCAUUACUGUCAGAAUGGUGACAGGUGACAACAUCAACACAGCCCGGGCCAUCGCCACCAAAUGUGGCAUUGUGACACCUGGGGAUGACUUCUUGUGCUUAGAAGGAAAGGAAUUCAACCGACUCAUCCGCAAUGAGAAGGGAGAGGUAGAGCAAGAGAAGCUGGACAAGAUCUGGCCGAAGCUUCGAGUCCUGGCGCGAUCAUCCCCCACGGAUAAGCACACACUGGUAAAAGGCAUCAUCGACAGCACUGUUGGGGAGCAGCGACAGGUGGUGGCUGUCACGGGUGAUGGCACAAAUGAUGGGCCGGCUCUGAAGAAAGCAGACGUUGGUUUUGCCAUGGGCAUUGCAGGCACAGACGUGGCGAAGGAGGCAUCAGACAUCAUCCUAACGGAUGACAACUUCACCAGCAUUGUCAAGGCAGUGAUGUGGGGGCGAAAUGUCUAUGACAGCAUCUCCAAGUUUCUCCAGUUCCAGCUCACUGUCAACGUGGUAGCCGUGAUCGUGGCCUUCACCGGGGCCUGUAUCACUCAGGAUUCCCCACUGAAAGCCGUGCAGAUGUUGUGGGUUAACCUAAUCAUGGACACUUUUGCUUCGUUGGCCCUGGCCACGGAGCCUCCUACGGAGUCUCUGCUGAAGCGUCGCCCCUACGGCCGCAACAAGCCUCUGAUCUCGCGCACGAUGAUGAAGAACAUCCUGGGCCACGCCGUCUACCAGCUCACUGUCAUCUUCUUCCUCGUCUUCGCCGGCGAGAGGUUCUUUGACAUAGACAGCGGGAGGAAGGCGCCCCUACACUCCCCACCCAGCCAGCACUACACCAUUAUUUUCAACACCUUCGUGCUGAUGCAGCUCUUCAACGAGAUCAAUUCCCGCAAGAUCCACGGAGAGAGGAACGUCUUCGCGGGCAUCUUCCGCAACCUCAUCUUCUGCUCCGUGGUCCUGGGCACCUUCAUCAGCCAGAUUCUCAUUGUGGAAUUUGGGGGUAAACCCUUCAGCUGCACGAAGCUCACCCUGUCUCAGUGGUUUUGGUGUCUGUUCAUUGGCAUUGGAGAACUGCUAUGGGGCCAGAUCAUCUCCACGAUACCUACCCAAUCCUUGAAGUUCCUGAAGGAGGCUGGGCACGGCACCACCAAAGAGGAGAUCACCAAGGACGCAGAGGGGCUGGACGAGAUUGACCACGCGGAGAUGGAGCUGCGCCGAGGCCAGAUCCUCUGGUUCCGGGGCCUGAACCGUAUCCAGACUCAGAUCGACGUAAUUAACACAUUCCAGACGGGAGCCUCUUUUAAGGGAGUCCUAAAGCGACAGAACAUGGGGCAGCACCUUGACAUCAAAGUGGUCAAAGCGUUCCAUAGUUCCCUCCACGAAAGCAUUCAGAAACCCAAGAACCAAAACUCCAUCCACAACUUCAUGACCCACCCUGAAUUCGCCAUAGAUGAGGAAGUGCCACGAACACCGCUCCUGGAUGAGCAUGAGGAGGAAAAUCUUGACAAUCCUACGUCCGGGACUAGGGCGCUCCUGUUGGACGGUGAGGUCACGCCAUACGCCAACAAAAACAACAACGCAGUGGACAGCAGUCAAGUGCAAAUUGUCGCCUCCCACUCGGACGGCCCUCAGCACAGCCUGGAGACGUCCGUUUGAACUUCGUCCUCUGGCUCCCAUCCCCGCUUUACCCGUGUCCUUUUUCAUCUGUCCCAUCUGUGAGGUGACGAUGGGACUUUUCACUGUCAUGUCAGCUGUUCCCAAGUAUGUGUGAACCCCCACCUGACCAUGAAGAGGCCGGAGCACAGACCUCUGAGGAUUUCAACUUCAACUUGAGUUGGGGUUUGUAGCAGGACCCAGUCAAACCCCAGGCAUGUAGCGAAGAGUAGGGUCUACUCCCUGGGUGUGUCCGCUGUCAUUUUUAAAAAAAUGAUGACAGUUCUCUCGGUGUCUCCCCCAACCCAGACUCUCCCCAGUAUGCAUAUGUGUGUCACCAUCUCCUGACUUUGGGAUUUUACCCUACGAGUCUGUGCCAUUUAUAAGCUAAGUCGAGGGUUCCAAGAGACAAACAUUCCCAAAUGAAAUGUGUAGAGGCAGGAAUGGAAUGUAUAGAAUCAGCCUAUAGAGCAAGUGUUUUUAAAAUGACUUUCCCAUUUUCAAAACUUGCCCCUAAAGCCCUCUAGCUCUUUCUGCCUUUCUAGUCAAACCUGCCUAAGGUUCUUUUGGUCUUUUGUGACCACUGUGUGCCCUACCUUCACUCUUUCUUUUUUUUUUUUUUUUUUU